AUGUUCUUCUCCAAGGCUGUUUCGUCCGUUAUGGGCGCCACCGUCCUUGCCGCUGCAGCGGUAUCGGCGCAAGCUUCAUCCUCGGUCCCCGCAUUCACCUACGGUACUGCCAACCCCGACUACCCUGGUGUCAAGUCAACCAACAGGAACGGACCCACCAAUCCCUCGACACCUCAGCUCAACACGCCCAUCAACCAGACCUCGGUCUCGCGUCUUGCUUCCAUCAAUUCCAUCGACGACUGGUGCACUUUUGCUCCUCCCGGAACUGGUCAGCCGCUUGCCGAUGUCGAGGAGAUCACAGUCGCCUACUGCACCAAGCCUCGUAACAACGCACGCGUCAUCCCCGACGGUACCGUUACCGGUGCUCACUUUGUCAAGACGCCACUCUACGUGCAGCUGAUGGCCGUCGGUGAUUUCACCAGCAUCGGCUUCAUGGCCGGCGACGAGGGGGGAGAGCUCGAUCCGCACGGUGCCACCAACAUGGGCAACCCCGUCGGUGGCAAUGUCACCUCCAACGUCUCGGGUCAAGACGUUUUUUACGAGGAGUGGAUGAACUACGCUUCGGCCAACCAGAUCUGCUUCCGUGUCUGCAUCGCCGGAAGCGAGCAGGCGCCCACUGCGCUCGAGUGCCAGCACACGCUCGAUGUCAUGGGUUGUAAUUUUGUCAUGCCGGGCAACUAUGCCGACAACGUAUUCGAGACGUGCGACGGCGACUCUGCCUACCCUCCUGGUCUCUACCCGGACGGCAACGGUCAGACUUCGACGUUUGUCCAGUUCUUCACCGGCGACUACACCGUCGAUGGCACCGUCUACUCGUACACCAACGGGGCUGCUGACCAGACAACUCCUCAGGCUGCCUACUCGACACCUGCCACCUCCAACUGCCAGACCACCUCGACCAUCGCUAACGGCAUCAAGUCGAUCGUCCCUUCCACUUCCGCUGUGCCCUCCUCCACCUCGUCUUCGUCAGCUGCAAAGGUCACCAGCACCAAGUCGAGCUCUUCCGGCUCCGGAUCCAGCUCGGGUUCCUCGGGUUCCUCGGGCUCCUCGGGCUCGUCUGGCUCGUCAGGUUCUUCCGGCUCUUCAGGUUCUUCCGGCUCGUCAGGCUCGGGCUCUUCUGCUGCGGCGAGCAGCGGCGCAUCCAAGCUGGCCAACAGCGCUUCCGUUUCCGCUUCCGCCGCGAUUGCGCUGAUCGCUAUGAUCGCUGGCGCCAUGAUGCUCUAA